AUGUCGGGCGCUGCAAACCGUCAAGGAAAGAUGCAAAAUCUAAUCAACUACCGCAUGAAGGUAACGCUUCAAGAUGGUAGGCAAAUGGUCGGGCAGAUGCUCGCAUUCGACAAGCACAUGAACCUUGUACUCGCCGACACAGAAGAAUUCCGCCGCACACGGAGAAAGGGCAAAGCCGCACCGGGCGCAACCCAGCAAGUCACCGAAACCGAAGAACGACGCGCCAUUGGACUUACCAUUAUCCGUGGUGCUCAUGUCAUUUCACUGUCAGUUGAUGGGCCACCGCCUGCGGACCCCGCUGCGCGUCUCGGAGCAAACUCUGGACCUUCGACUACUGCGGCAUUGGCUGCUGGACCUGGUGUCGCUCGACCUGCUGGACGUGGUCUCCCUGUUGGUCUGACUGGACCAACUCCUGGCGUUGGAGCUCCUGGCCCUGGAUUUGGAGGUGGUUUCCCAGGCGCACCUGGAGGUUUUGGAGGGCCACCUGGCUUCCCAGGCCGUGGUGGACCACCCGGUGGACCACCUGGCUUCCCUCCCGCUGGUGGACCUCCUGGCUUUGGCGGACCCCCAGGAUUCGGUGGACCGCCAGGUUUCCCUGGUCGUGGCGGACCUCCUGGCUUUGGUGGCAGAUAG